AUGCGUCUACUCAGCACAAAAGCCUUGGAAUUCUGCGACUUCCUCGGGACUAGUAUCCCGCGGUACGCCAUUCUGUCGCACCGAUGGGAACGCGAUGAGAUGUCCUACCAGGACAUGCUCAAAGAAAUGGAGCGCAACAACUCGUGGCCUGGUCCGACAGAUUUCUUGCAAAAACAAGGUUACCGCAAAAUUAUCGAGUUUCGUCGCCUAGCUCUACAGGAUGGUUAUGAUUAUAUAUGGGCUGACACCUGUUGCAUUGACAAGUCCAGUUCCUCAGAACUUCAGGAGGCCAUCAACUCCAUGUAUCAGUGGUAUUGGGACUCUGACGUCUGCUACGCCUAUCUUUCUGACGUGUCUCCGACGGACCUUGAGUCGUUCCAGAGGUCUCAGUGGUUCACCCGUGGGUGGACGCUUCAAGAACUGCUAGCUCCACGAGCUCUAAUCUUUGUUGAUCAAAACUGGCAAAAGUUUGGCACAGCCUAUGACUUGGAAAAGUUGAUCGAAACAGCUUCAAGUAUCAAAGUUCAAAGACAUGUGCAUCUGGGUCGUAAAAGGUCAGAGGUUUUCCAAGUGGGACAGUGCAUGGCUUGGGCCGCAACCCGGUCGACAACUAGAAUCGAAGACCGCGCCUACUCGCUGCUAGGACUCUUUGAUGUCAAUCUACCCAUGAUGUACGGCGAAGGGGGGCGGUCAUUUCAACGUCUGCAAGAAGAAAUACUCAGAGUUUAUGAAGACGCAUCUAUACUAGCAUGGAGC